AUGGAAGACAAAUUAAAGUCUCUCAGGAGAUCGUGGAUGCCGCAGUAUUUUAUUCUUCCAGUGCAGUCCCACCCGCAAACCAUGACUAGAUUUCUGAUCACGAGAUCGUGUAGGUACACUACUCGAGCAAUCGUUUCCAAGCUUUUACCGGCCACCGGUUUCACAAAUCCUUCAUCAACCCAUAGUUUGAGGAGCGUGGGGAUGCGAAUCUCAUGGUCCUCCGGGAACAUGCCCAUGUACAGAAAACACGGCUUCAGGUGUACCGGCAAAGUCCUCCAAUCAGAACAAUCGACAAUGGAUGGCCUCUGCAUUUUCCGGCAAUCUCCUUCCCAAGCGCUUCCAAUUCCGGAGGGAACCCUUGUUCAUGAAACACACACCUAUGCAGCAGAUUCCAACUUUCGUUAUGGUUCAGUAAACUCAUCUGAAAGUAAUCUAGGCCAUCCAGUUGCAGAGCCACUUUCGAUAGCCUAG